AGCGGGGCCAUGAGCGGCGGGGCCGGGGACGGGACCGGGACCGGGAGCGGGGCCGGGAGCGGGGAUGGCGCUGAACGGCGGGUCCGCAUCGUCGUGGAGUACUGCGAGCCCUGCGGGUUCGAGCCCACGUACCAGGAGCUGGCGAGCGCCGUGCGGGAGGAGUACCCGGACAUCGAGAUCGAGUCCCGCCUGGGGGGCACUGGCGCCUUCGAGAUCGAGAUCAACGGGCAGCUCGUCUUCUCCAAGCUGGAGAACGGGGGCUUUCCCUACGAGAAGGACCUGAUCGAGGCCAUCCGGAGGGCCAGGAACGGGGAACCCCUGGAGAAAAUCACCAACAGCCGCCCCCCCUGCACCAUCCUGUAGCCCCCCCAGGGACGUGGGGGUCCCCCCUCGCUGCUGUGACCCGGGGGGGUUCACUGGGGACAUCAAGGAGGACCAGGGAUGUCAGGGUGUCCCCCCCCAUCACCCCUCGCUGCCUUUGGUCAAUUCCUGCAUGCCUGAUGGGGGGGGAGCAAGGAAAUUGGGGGAAUUUGGGAGCCUCCUGGGGACCCCCUGUUGUGGCACCUCCCUGGGGGGGGGGGCACAGGGGGUCCCCCAAACCCCACAGCCCCCCAUGGGCCUCUCCCCUCCCUGAACCCCUGGGAACUUGGGGCCCCCCGUGAGCGGUGAGGUCUCUGCAGCUCCCAGGAGGUGAAUUCCAGAGGGAAAUCCACUGGCUGGGCCUUUCCUGGGGUUGGUUAAGGAUUAAACAGCUCUGUCACUGUUUAAUCCAGGCGGGGGCACGGGGCCCCUCCCGGCCAUGGCAACCCCGGCCUGGCCACGGGUGUGUUUGUCCCUGACCCCUCCCCAUUCCCAGGCUCCUGCUUCCUGCCUGGAAUGACCCUGCCCUUGGCCUCGGGGCAGGGGGGGCCCCUAUUUAUUCUAUACUGUGUAUAAACCCAAGGGCUGGGACGGAGUGAGGGAUGGAGGAGGUGGAAUAAAGGAUGGAGGAGGUGGAAUAGAGGAUGGAGAAUGUG